CCCCAUCUCAUUGGUGUCAGUGGGAGGAAUAGUGCUCCAUCAUUGUGCCCCAUCAUUGGUGUCAGUGGGGGGAGGAAUAGUGCCCCAUUGUGGGUGUCAGUGGGGGGAGGAAUAGUGCCCCAUUGUGGGUGUCAGUGGGGGGAGGAAUAGUGCCCCAUUGUGGGUGUCAGUGGGGGGAGGAAUAGUGCCCCAUCGUUGGUGUCAGUGGGGGGAGGAAUAGUGCCCCAUCGUUGGUGUCAGUGGGGGGAGGAAUAG